UCAGAGGUUCCGUGGAACCGGAAGUCGGGACGUGGCCGGCGCUGUGUGAGGAGGAGGAUGGCGGUGGUGAGCAGCGCAGAGCGCCUAGAGGUGUCGAUAGACGGCCUGACACUGACUCCUGAUCCGGAGGAGCUGGCUCGCCCAGCGGUCGGGGAGGGGGUAGCCAUGAGUUGUGAACCCGAGGAAGAGGAGAGCCAGGCCCUGACCAUGGAGCAGCGCUGGGGCUUCAGCCUGGAAGAGCUGUAUGGACUGGCCCUCAAAUUCUUCAAAGAAAAGGACGGGAAAGCGUUUCACCCGACGUAUGAAGAGAAGCUCAAGCUGGUGGCUCUGCACAAACAGGUCCUGCUGGGUCCUUACAACCCAGAUACCUGUCCUGAAGUCGGGUUCUUUGAUGUUCUGGGCAAUGACAGAAGGAGGGAGUGGGCCGCCCUGGGGAACAUGGACAAGCUGGAGGCCAUGGCGGAGUUUGUAACGCUGCUUAACCGAUGCUGUCACCUCUUCUCGACAUACGUCACUUCGCAUAAGAUAGAGAAAGAGGAACAAGAGCGCAAGCGGAGAGAGGAAGAGGAGCAAAGGAGACGAGAGGAAGAGGAGCAGCAACGCCUGCAGAGGGAAGAGGAGAAGCGAAGACGAGAAGAGCAGGAGAGACUGAGGCGAGAGGAAGAGGAGCGGUUACGGGCCGAAGAUGAGAGGUUCCGCAUGGAGCAGCAAAAGCAGCAGAUAAUGGCGGCUUUGAACUCGCAGACGGCGGUGCAGUUCCAGCAGUACGCGGCCCAGCAGUACCCGGGGAACUUCGAGCAGCAGCAGAUCCUCAUCCGACAGCUGCAGGAGCAGCACUACCAGCAGUACAUGCAGCAGCUGUAUCAGGUGCAGCUGGCCCAGCAACAGGCAGCCCUACAGAAGCAACAAGAAAUCAUGGCUGCCGGAAGCGGGUCUCCCGUCAACUCUCCCUCCAAGCUGAAAGCUGGAAACAUCUCCGUAUCGGGAGAGACCCCGUCCAUCAACGGACAGAGUCACGGCCACAUGGACAGCACUGAAACAGAUGUGGGCACAGACGCCCUGGAUGAUAUUCUAGAAAACGGGCCGAAAGAGUCCGCACCAGUCGUAGCGGCUCCAUCCAUGUGGACGCGGCCGCAGAUAAAAGACUUCAAAGAGAAGAUCCGCCAGGACGCGGACUCCGUGAUCACCGUGGGCAGAGGCGAAGUGGUCACGGUCCGGGUCCCCACGCACGAGGAAGGCUCCUAUCUUUUCUGGGAGUUUGCCACAGAUAAUUAUGACAUUGGGUUUGGGGUUUAUUUUGAAUGGACAGACUCCCCAAACACUUCUGUCAGCGUGCACGUCAGCGAGUCGAGCGACGACGAGGAGGAGGAUGAAGAAAACCCAAACAACGAAGAAAAAGCCAAAAAGAAUGCGAACAAGCCUCAGGUGGAUGAGAUUGUCCCCGUGUACAGACGUGAUUGUCAUGAAGAAGUGUAUGCCGGCAGCCACCAGUACCCCGGCAGGGGGGUCUACCUGCUCAAAUUCGAUAACUCCUACUCCUUAUGGCGGUCAAAAUCGGUUUACUACAGAGUGUACUACACGAGAUAAAGCGAGCGGAGCGCUGCGCCGGGAGGAACGGGCAGUCGGCGAAUCUCAUCUUUGCUGAAUCUCUUCAGUGUUUUCUCCCCGUCUGUCCUUCUUGCGGCUGCCGGCGGCGACACUUUGCUGCGGUUUGAUUGGCGGUGCCAGUUCUUCAUACUAUAGAGACAGGGGAGACGGGUUCGCUUCCCGGAUCUGGCAGCGGGAGGUUUUUUAAUUUUUGGGGGGCGUUAAAAGGGGUUUUGGGUUUAUUAAUGAUCCUCCCCCCACUCUGUGUUCACUAAUUCAUUUCGCCUUCUAUAACAUAAAAGAAAAAAAAAAAAGGUCAUGUAAAUGGUGGCUGUCGUGUGGAUGAAGGACACGUCUGUUCUCUGGAAGGAAAAGGAAACAUCUGUAAUCGCUAGCUCUUGGGCUGUGCCGCUGGGGUACGUUGCCAGGGUCCCCUGUGAUUACCAGCGGGGUCUCUGUCAUCAGGAUCCUGAGAAGAGCACCGGACGACAGGCAUUGAGGGGACAGAAUGUUUUGAUCACGCACCGGCCCUGGUCACACAUUGAUCGGAUGGGAUCGUCUCUGUAGUUCUUCAUGACCCAUCUGUGCAAACGAGUUACCCCUGUGGAUAUCUUUAUUAAAAAAAAAAAUACCCCCUGCGUCUGGGGCUUUCACA